UGUUGCGUCUUUUGUUUUGGGAUACCAUGGUAAAAAGAAUUUGCAGCUUUAGAUACUUGUCCUUCUAUCAUGCCACUUGAUAAGUCGUUUCCUUAGAUUUAAUUCUUUAAUGGGAGUCUCGAAUGAGGAUUUAGAAUGAGUACAACCAUAAUACUUCCAAAUCAACUAUUAGAAGAGAUUUUUCGACAAAAUCAUGGCACUCGCAGGUCUUCAUGAAUUUUUGUUUUACAGUUGCUGUUAGACCCUCACUCUUUUAGUCUUUUUUUAUGGUCUUAAUUUUUGUUUCUGCCCAUUGUCCUCUUGUGCUUCAGAGAGAGAGAGAGAGAGAGAGAGAGAGACUUGAGUGAGGGAAAGAGAGGCCACAUAUAGGUUAUCCUCGAUCGUAGACAAGAAGUUGCUUCUCCUACCAUGGCAUUAUCUUUCUCUUCCACUGCUGCAAUUAAAUGUUCAAAGCUUUAUGACUAUUCAGGCCUGCAAAUCACCAGGCUAAGGUCGAACAAGCGAAACCAAAAUGCUGUCGAUAUCAAGUGUGAAUCAACGGGGCCGGAGUUGCCUGGAAAUGCAAAGAAAUCCAAGCUUGCAGUUGGGUCUCCUGUAAUUGUGGUUGAGGCCCCGAGAAUGAUAAAAACUGCAGCGUCAGUUCCAUGCCUUAGGGUUAACACUGGCUUAGUCAAGCCCGGUGAGAAUUGUAUCAAGAAAGCCUAUGGAUGUAUGGGCGGUACGUCUUUCGAUUGGCACAUAUCUUAUAGAUGGGAAGUACUUCAAGCGCUUAGAGCUUGAACCUUGACCGAAGACGAUGGUGUUGUUCUCAUUCUCGGUGAUGAUAACCCAGCUGUAUUGUAGGAAUGAGGUCCAAGCUUAAUUCCAUCAUCAUUAUCAUCAUCUUCUUCUUUCUUGUAAGGUUGGAAAACCUGAUCAAACUGAUUGGUAGGGUUGUAAGAAUGCAAGUUAGGGUAUUAUUCGUUUGACGUAAUCACUGCAACAAUUAUAUAUCGUAUAUAAAAGCGUAGAUAGAGAGAGCUCUAUUUUCGUUUUAGGUAGGCUAGCUAUGUAGUUCAAUGCUGUUGUAA